AUGUCUUCCAACCCCCCAAAACCACCACAGACAAUAACAUCCCAAAAACAAUCCUUCCUCACGGCCCAGACCCGCCUCCUCUCGCAGCCCGUCCGCCCCUCCCGCGCCUGGCUCGAGGCCAACGCCGCCUCCGAGACCCCCCUCCCAGACAGCGCCGUCGAGCAGCCCCUCACCCGCCUCAACCACGUCCUCUCGCAGCACUGCCGCCGCGCCUACUCCCACCAGGCCAGCCGCCACGUCGCCGAGCAGAUCGACGCCCUCUACCUCUCGCACCCGUCGAGCGUCCCCGAGGACGAGCCGUCCGAGGGCGUCUCGCGGACUCUGGACCUGACCGACAACGCUGCCGUCAAGUCACUCCCGGCGUCAUGGCCGGUCGAGAAAGACGCGACCGCUUACCCCAUGGAAGCCAAGCGGUACGCGGAGCAGUACGAACGGCUCAAGUCGCUCGCCGAGCAGAGGCAGCAGGCGACGGAACGCGUCGAGAGGCUGCGCCGGAUGAAGGCCCUGCUGGACCCCUUCCGCUCGGACGACUCCGGCGCCGGCGUGCAGGAGAACCUCAUCAGCCGCGACGGAAAGAUGGAGGCCGAGUUGGAGAAGAUGCGAGGCCUUUUGGCUCGCGUCGGCGGCCGCGUCAGUCUCUUGCCUGACUCUGACGACAACGGAAGUCUCUUUAGAGAUGAGGAGUUCCGAGCCGUCGAGCCCGUAGCUACUGGGGAGAAGCGGAAACUGGACCACCUGUUGGACAGUUUCUAA